AUGUUGUUUAUUCGUACUUUAGGCGGAAGUGAGAACAACGCAUACGUAGAUACAUCGUUCCAACUGUGGAACUCUAGCCACUUAGAUGAAGUUUACGGGCCCUUUAACAACCGUGCCAACACGACCAUAGGCCAAGACUGGUACGUUGUUGCUGGAAACCUGCCAGCCGGCACCGAGUUUACCUUUGGUAUCAUCGAGAAUAGUCAGUCCGAGGUUGAGACUCAGUCUCAGAUGUUUACAGAGGCUUUCCAAGGGAUCCGGGCCAACCUCACAAAGAAUGUGACAUUGAAGUUUGUGCAGAUCGGCAACCAACCGAAUUCUUCCUUCUCUAGUGCAGCCAUCUACGUCCAAAAAUGGAAGGCUCUAGCCAAGACGAUGUUGAAGAACAUCAAGAUGGGUGGAGCAGAUAACACAAACCUCUGGAUAAGGUCUGAGAUUAUGUCAUUUGGCACUGCGUGGCGCCUUACGGAAACUCUGGAGGCAGAUAUUCUUGACGACGAGGAUAUUUCUGCAGCUGCGUAUCAUGCAGCGUAUGUUAUGGGAGAACACUUGUACUCAGGCGCCAUGAGAAUCGGUGCUAUUUCCGGAGGGCCGCCGCCAGGAACGCUAAUGAACAAAGCAUCUAUCCGAGCCAACUUGUCUACAGCUUACAGCGGUAUGCCGAACACGAGAGUUAUGGAAAGACAAACUACUUGGCCGAAACCGGUAAUUAUGCCUCUGAGGCCUUUCAUCCAGGCUGGGGUUUCACCAAUAGGACCGGCAUCGCAUAUUAAGCGAAUGUACAACGGAAUUUCAGUAGUGGACGAGUUUAUUGGCACCAGUGGAAUGGCCAAAAUCGCAGAAAUCGAGAACGAGAACAGUGGUUUGGCGGUGUACGGAGUGUGGGAGAACGGCAAAUCAGCUAGAAUGGCAUAA